GUCAGGAAACAGUCAAGAGUCACGGAACAAGAGCUUACCACUAUCCUCGCUUUUGAAAAUAUGAAGCUUAUCGCUCAAGGUGAAGAACGUGCCCGUACGUUCCGGGCAUCAUGGCCAAACGAGGAUUUUGUGCUUAAGAAAGCCGACAUAUGGGAUCAGCGAGAGGUUGUUCAUGAGUUAGAGCAUGAGGCAAGGGUUUACCAGGCUCUGCAGAAGCUGCAAGGGCAAUGGAUACCCAAGUUGAAGAUAGCCGGAAUAGCAAAUGAACUGAGGGUGAUUCUGGUCACGGAAUUUAUAGGAUCUAACCUCUGCGAAGAACACUUGGUUCAUCUGAGCGGAAAAAGAUCCAGGCGGCACUGUCAGCAAUCCACAGGCUAGGUAUCCUGCACGGUGAGAUUCGACUGCACAACAUUGAGGCACGGCGCGAUGGUGAAAACUCGCAGUUCUUUUUCAUCGACUUUGGACGUUCGGAACUCACAAGAGUGAAAAAUUCUGAGGCACGAGGCGGA